CGUGUCACUUCCUGUCCACCGCUGUGUUGAGCUGUGAUUGGGGAGCUGAGUUUACGGAUGUGGCUGCAGACUAAUGGAGCCACGAAGCUUCUUAUUCACUGUUUACACCAUUUAAACAACCUGUUCAGUUCCUGGUUCUUCGUGUGACCCGGGAAGUCGGAGCUCAUCCGGCCUGACACGAAGCUCCGCGGGGGGGGGGGGAGACGAGCUAGCUUCCGGGCUAGGUGGCUGUGUCGUCAGUGGCUGCCGGACAACUUCUGGAAAAUGGAUUGCCUCUGUGAUAUAGUUCAAGCUUUGGUCGCAAUAGCAGCUCUGUGUGUCAUUGUGGUGCUCAUUGUCGCGCACGCCACGGCCGAGAUGGUGAGACUGACACGCCACGAGAAGGAGAAGUACUUCCUGACCGCCUCAGGAGAGAAGGAGCCAUUCCCCAGCUUGCACGACCCCCAUUCCAGGGAGCUGUCGGUGGUGGUCCCGGCCUACAACGAGGAGCUCCGCAUGCCUGUGAUGCUGGAUGAAGCUAUGGACUACUUGGAAAACAGACAGAAACAAAACCCAUCCUUUACCUAUGAGGUCAUUGUGGUGGACGAUGGCAGCAAAGACAAAACCACAGAGGUUGCUUUGCGGUACUCUAAGAAGCACGGUGCAGAUAAAGUGCGAGUCCUGACGCUGGUGACUAACCGGGGGAAAGGAGGAGCUGUGCGAAUGGGAACAAUGAGCUCCAGGGGCGAAAUCAUUCUGAUGGCAGAUGCUGACGGAGCCACUAAGUUCUCUGAAAUUGACAAAGUGGAGGCAGGACUUAAAGACAUUGAGCCUAAACCAGAAAACAUGGGGAUUUCCUGUGGUUCCAGAGCUCACCUGGAGAAAGAUUCUGUAGCUGAGCGAUCAACGUUUCGUACAUUCCUCAUGUACGGCUUUCACUUCCUGGUGUGGUUCCUCUGUGUGAGAGGCAUCAAGGACACACAGUGCGGCUUCAAGCUGUUCACUCGGGAGGCUGCACUCAAGACCUUCUCUUCCCUCCAUGUAGAGCGAUGGGCUUUUGAUGUGGAGCUCCUGUACAUCGCCCAGUGUUUUAAAAUCCCCACAGCUGAGGUAGCGGUCAUCUGGACCGAAAUAGAAGGAUCCAAGCUGGUCCCGUUCUGGAGCUGGCUGCAGAUGGGUCGAGACCUGAUUUUCAUCCGCAUGCGCUACUUCACCGGAGCCUGGAAACUGGAGUCGCCUCGUAAGACUGACUAGCCAAUCAGAAGAGGCCCUGGUAUCCCAGAGACAGCCUUUGAUAGGGCCAUCAAACCCUUUGGAUGAGGUGGGAUAAACAACUGUGUCAGUUUGCCACAGUCUUCUCCUUUCCAAAAGCCACAGGAGGGGAAGUGAAGACACAGCUGUUGGUUUCCUCGUGGUCCUGCCUUUAUUUUGUAUAAUCUGAUAUCGGCUUGUGAUGGCCCCUGUUACACGCACACUUCUGUGGCCGCGGCUCACAGAAUGUUCGUAUGAAUGAAACCGUGUACUAUGUUACUUAAUGUUUAUCUUGUGGCCAAUCAUGUGUGAGUGACAAGAACUUGUAGGAAAUGUGGAGGAUCUGAUAAUCAGUGCGUCAUGAUUCUGAUUAGACUGAAUGUUGUUACUGUUUGUGAGAUUGUCAAAUGGGAGGGGUGGCAUGGAUGAUUUUAACAGAAAUAAAAACAAAAUAUGAAUUA